AUGAAUAGCAGCAGCAGCAGCAGCAGCAGCAGGAAUAGCAGCAGCAGCAGCAGCAGCAGCAGCAGCAGGAAGGUUCUUGUGUCUGUGGUGACAGCCACAGGAGUGAAAUGCCUCGACAGACAGUGGGAGUUGCUGCUGCCUGCUGCUGCUGCAGUUAAGGAUGUUCUGCUGCUGCUGCAGCAGCAGCUGCAGCCAUCGCCGCCGUUGCUGCUGCUGCGGCUGCUGCACAGAGGCCGCCAAGUGUCUCCUGAGGAGACGCUGCAGCAGCUGCUGCAGCAGGAAGCACCAGCAGCAGCCCCUUCACCUCCUGCUGCUGCUGCUGCUGCUGCUGCUGCUGAGCCGCAGCAGCAAACCCUCACUCUUAUUUGGGAUACAGCUGUGCCUCCUGCAGUGGAGACAAAUGCUGAGGCUGCAAGCAGCAGCAGCAGCAGCAGGCCGCCAACCCUGUUGUGGGUAUUCAUAUCUCGCGCGACAACCCGCGCUGCUCUGCAGCAGCAGCAGCAGCACCAGCAGCAGCAGCAGCAGCUCCAGCAGCACGAGCAGCAGCAGCAGCAGCACCAGAAGCAGCAGCAGCAGCAGCAGCAGCAGCAGCAGCAGGACCCCUACAGAGGUCACCCAAGAUGUUCUGCUGCGCAGCAGAUUGCUGCUUACAUUGCAGCAGGCGACGCAGCAGCCCGCGUUGCUGCGCUGCUGCAUCGAGAAGCUGAAGUUCUAGCAGCAGCAGCAGCAGCAGCAGCAGCAGCAGGUGAAGACGUUAGUGCUGCAGCAGCAGAGAAAAGACUGCAGCAGCCCCCUGCUGCUGCUGCUGCUGCUGCUGCUGCUAUCCAACGAGCAGCCUUUGGCGGCUCUGAUGCUCCGCUGCAGAGCAGCGAGGAGCUGACUGCUGCUGUACAGACACUGCAGGAUUCACUGGAGCAGCAGCAGCAGCAGCAGCAGCAGCAGCAGGAGCAGCAGCAGCAGCAGCAGCAGCAGGAAGAAGAGGAGUUCUUCCCCGCGCAGCCGCAGACACUGCAAGAGUAUAUAAAGCGGCAGCUGCUGCUGCAGCUGCAGAUACACCCGAAAGUGCUGCUGAAGAUACACCCGAAAGUGCUGCUGAAGGUAGCAGCAGGCUCGCUGCUGCUGCAGCAGCUUGUUGCUUAUACUGCAGCAGCAACACAGACACCGCAGCAGCAGCAGCAGCAGCGGAUGCGGGAGCUGCUGCUGCUAUCUGCUGCUCCUGUUGUGCUGCUGCUGCACCUCAGGCCGCUGCUGCUGCUGCAGCAGUUCGCCUGGGAGCUGCUGCCGAAGGGAAGGGGGUGGCGGCUGCUGCGGCUGCUGCUGCCUCCUGCUGCUGCUGCAAUGCUUGAGGACGAGCAGCCUCUCCCGCUGCAGCAGCAGGUGCUGCUGCAGCAGCAGCAGCAGCAGCAGCAGGAAAAACACCAGCAGCAAAUGCGCACGCAGGAGCUGCUGCUGCAGGGACAGCUGCAGCAGCAGCAGCAGCGGAAAAAACAGCAGCAGCAGCAGCAACAGCAACAGCAGCAGCAGCAGCAGCACGACGCCUCUGUCGCUAGACACUAA